AGCAGAAAUACUCCCAAAAUGCUCCAACUAAGCCCCGACUCGAGCUUCCACUUUGAAAUCCUCCGCGCCGUCUCCCUCGCGCCCUACCAAGGCGCCGACGUGGGCGAAGUCCUCACGGCCGCCGAGAAGAUCAUCCCAGGCGACUUUGAAAGCUACUACACUGCCUUCAACGACCUCGCCGUCCGCGUACACGCACAGGCCGAAGGGAUCGACGCGAGCAAGUAUCCCGUCUCUGCGAGGAACGCCUACUUCCGGGAGGCAUCGUACCUCCGCAGCGCAGAAUUCUUCCUCCACGGCAACUGGGAGGACUCGCGCAUAAACUCCGCCUUUGCUCAACACACAGCCGCCUUUGACAAAGCCCUUGCGCUGCUCCCCGUGCCUGGCCAGAGAGUCACGCUCAAGGCUCAGGGGUUUGAUGUGCCGGCCAUCUUCUACGGCUGUGGACGGCCCGGCCGCCGUCCAACUAUUAUCAUGGGCAACGGCUAUGACGGCUAUCAGGAGGAGCUCUACCAUGUUGCCGUCGAGGCUGCCCUCACCAGGGGCAUCAACGUGAUUACUUACGAAGGACCUGGCCAGCCCACCGUCCGCCGCGAGCAAAACGCCGGCUUCAUCCACGACUGGGAGCGCGUCGCAUCUCCAGUUGUCGACUAUGUGCUUACAAGAGAUGAUGUCGAUCCCAACGCCAUCGGCAUCUGGGGAUACUCGCUGGGCGGAUAUCUCGCCGCUCGUGCUGCAGCCUUUGAGCCUCGUCUAGCUGCCGUCAUGGCCAUUGACGGGGCCAGCGAUUUUGGAUACACAGUUCACAGCAAGUUCCCUCCGGAGUUGGAAGCUCUAUUCCAAGCCGGCAACAAGGAAGCUGUUGACCAAGCCUUGGCGCAAGUCUUGGCCUCUCCGGGAGCACCUACACCUCUUCGCUGGGCCGUAGAACAUGGCACGUGGGCGUAUAAUACCAAGUCGCCGUUUGAAUGGGCAGCCAAGUGCCUCGACUUCAAACUAGGCGAUGCUAUCCACAAUAUCAAGGUGCCGUUUUUCGUAGCUGAUGCAGAGGCUGACGAUUUGAUGCCUGGGCAGGCAAAGGGCGUGGCGGAAGCAGUCGGAGAGAUGGCAACGUACCACUUGUUCACGACGGAAGAUGGAGCUGGAGCGCACUGUUCUAUUGGAGCGGCCGUGCUCCAGAACCAAGUUGUUUUCGACUGGUUCCAAGAGGUGGUAUCGAAAAAGAGGGCUUAAAGGAUUGAGCUUCGAGAAUUCAGAGCAUGUAGAUAAACAUUGUUUUGAACAGACUUAUAUAAGAAGAAAUAGCGCAGCAUAUUGUAAGCCACAAAUUUCAACCGCUUUGUUCCCAUACAUAAACCCCGAUAGAAAAGCAAUACGCCCAUCAUAAAAUUUGUUAUCCAUGUUGAAAUUUCCCCACAUAACUCAAAUGGCCCUAUUGCAUCCCAAAACAUAUUCAGCGGGUAGCCCAUCCGUACACAACUUGUCAUCAUAUGUGCCUCAACAUACAUAUAUAAGUUUAAAGGAACGCCCCAGCCAAAGGACAAACAGAUUCCCAAAAACAAACUCCAAAUUGUCUCGUCUCUCCGUUACAUAGAGAAGGCUUACCAGUUCCUGAGUCGAUCCCAGAAAGAACCCGAGGCCGCCUUUUUCUCCUCUUCAGCGGGGAGUGGUGGCGCGGUAAUGGUUGUGUUCCAUUUUUCCUCGCCACUAAUAAAGAGACGAUACAGGAGCUUGCUAUCGCCGUCCUCUUCUUCGAUAGUAAAGGCACCAAACUUGGACAUGCCGGAGUGA